AUGAAUCCCAGCUCGGCCACCGCACCGAACACGAACGAGUACGCGGGAGACGAAAUCUCAGCGAUCGUCCUCGACCCGGGCUACUCCUCGACCCGCGCCGGAUUCGCCGGCGAAGACAUCCCCAAAUCCGUCAUCCCCAGCUACUACGGCAUUGCGCCCACCGCCUCAGGCUCGUCCCAAUACCUUUUCGGCGAAAAUUCGAUUCACAACCCGCUCCCGAACCUCGAAAUCAAGAACCCAUGGAGCUCGGACGGCAUAGUCGAGGAUUGGGACACGGCGACGAAGCUGUGGGAGUAUGCGAUCACGUCGCGCUUGACGGGGCAGCGGCCCACCGACCCCACCAAGAACGGGCUGAAUGAUGGCACAAAUGGCGAGGAGAAUGGGCAGAUGGAUGUGGAUAUGGAUGGGCUGGAUGAUGCGGAGAAGCCGCUUGCCGAGAGCCCGCUGCUCAUGACAGAGCCAGGCUUGAGCUCGGCUAAGGCGCGGGAGAAGUAUAUUGAGAUUGCGAUGGAAGAUUGGGGGACUCCGGCAUUCUAUCUGGGGAAGACUGGGGUACUGGCCGCAUUUGCUUCGGGGAAGGCUUCAGGCAUCGUCAUUGAUAUUGGAGCCUCCACGACGACGGUCACACCCAUUGUGGAUGGGCUGGUGCUCAAGAAAGGUGUCCAGAAAUCCCCACUCGCUGGAAACUACAUGUCGAACCAGCUCCGCCUCAUCUUCGCGCAAUCGCAACCCCCAGUCCCUCUCACGCCGCACUUCAUGGUUGCCUCGAAAUCACCCGUCGAUGCUGGCGCCCCCGCUCAAGCCAUCUACAAGAAAUUCGAGGUCCCCCCAACUGCCUCCUUCCGCAGAUUCGAGGAAGAGCGCGUCCUGACCGAGUUCAAAGAGUCGGUGGUAGAGACAUGGAACGGACCAAACCGCCUCAGCGUCCCCGGAACCGAGGAAUCGCUAAAGAGUGCGCCGGGCAGGCCAUUUGAGAUGCCAGAUGGGUACAACCAGCUGUUUAGCGCAGAGAGGUUCAAGGUUGCGGAGGGCUUGUUCGAUGCUUCAUCGGCGUUGCAUGACCCCGACAACCCCCGCCCCAAAGACGAACAGACGAUCCCCCGCAUGGUCCAAGCCGCCAUCCACCACAUCGAUGUCGACCUCCGCCCAUUAAUUCUCGGUAACGUCAUCAUCACUGGCGGCGCGUCGCUCACAUACCGCAUUAUGGAUCGCAUCAACAACGAGCUUUCGCAAAUGUUCCCGGCGCCACGAAUCAGGCUCAUUGCACCUGGAAACACGAUCGAGCGCAAGUAUGCUGCGUGGAUCGGUGGCAGUAUCUUGGCGAGUUUGGGCAGUUUCCACCAGCUAUGGAUCUCGAAGAAGGAGUACGAGGAGCACGGGCCUAGUAUUAUCGACAAGAGGAUCAAGUGA